UAAGAGAUAACGCUGGAGUCCGAACAAAUCACCCACUUCGUGCUCCUAUGAAAGAUCUGUAGGCUGCAGGAAGAGUUUUGUGUGCUAGCUCGUCGUAGCUAAGGAUUUCUGAUUUUUGCUUGAAAGUUGGUGUCUCUAUCGUGUAUCUACUUCGUGCUUGCAGUUAUACUUGGCACCAUGAAGACUGUGUUUGUCAUUGCUCUUGUCUUCGCCCUUGCUGUCGCCUCGAUGGCGCAAGACGUCGAUGAUCUUGAAGAGUCAUCAGCCGUCCGAGUUCGUCGUGGCUGGUGGCUAGGUGGCUGUCCAUUCAACCAGUACCAGUGUUGCAGCUACUGCACCAGUCGUGGCUACAGAGGAGGCUACUGCAAAAGCGUAUUGGAGCAUACAUGCAAGUGUUACUGAUGAGUCUCCAGCAGGUUAACGCUAUGAAGAUGGAAACGGAAGGAAACUGUCUUUACGCAGCGCUCACCGAAUAAAAAAGAAAUGAAGUAAUA